AUGGUUUUAUUUACAAUUUUACUUUUACUACAAUGGUUACCAGUGAUUCAAGGGGAUACAUCCUCGUCAUCAGGAGGUCAGAUAACAGAAUGCAAGAGACUGAUUGAUCUGAUUGCUGUGAUCGACGCUUCCGACAGCAUCAACGAUGACGACUUCCGAAUGUUAAAAGACUCCAUGAACACCUUUAUAGACCAUAUUCAUAUUAACUCUGCCCGUAUGGGUAUUGUCGUGUACAGCUCCCGGAUCUCUCUGGAGUUACCCCUGACUGGAAACAAGGCGCGCCUUCAGGAAAAGGUCGGAAGCCUACCCCAUGACAAGGAGGGUACCAACACAGAUCUGGGUAUUGAGAGCAUGACGAAACUUUUUAAACAAGACGAACGGCCUGGUGUGCCUAUGUUAGGAUUCGUCUUGACCGACGGAAGGUCAAAGAACCCGAAUGCGACUUCCCACCAGGCAGGGCUAGCCAGGGAUUAUGGUAUUAACAUGUACGCUGUUGGUAUCGGUAGUAAGAUUGAUGACAACGAACUGAAUGAGAUUGCUAGUAAAAAAGAGCAAGUGAAGAGAGUUGCCUCGUUUUCGUCACUGGCAGAUUCUAUAGGAGAACUCGUAAAGCUUGUGUGUCCAACUACUUCAACAACUACCACAACGACUACAACAACUACAACGACCACUCCAACUACAACAACGACCACUCCAACUACAACAACGACCACUCCAACAACGACCACUCCAACUACAACAACGACCACUACCACUCCUGCGCCAAGUACAACUACCCCUAAUGGCGCGGAGCCGAGCACGCUUCCUCCAUCUAAAGGCGUAUGUGAUGACUGUACCAUCGUAAAUGGAAUAGGUUACAAUCCUCACCCAGAAGACUGUGAUCAAUUUGUCCAGUGUUUCUUUGGUGACAAUGGUGAAGUUCGUGCUAUAGACAGACAGUGUGGUUUUGGACAAUACUGGGACCAAACAGUUCUCACCUGUAGAAAAGCUGCAGAAGUUCCCUGUCGUAGAGAAAAAUGCCGGUAUCCAUUUCUGUUGUCCUAUCCUUACGAUGGUAUAAACAACUGUCGGGCUCACUGGAAGUGUAACAUGGGGAAGUCCGAGGGUAUGUGUUGUCCUAAAGGUUAUUCAUACCGACCAUACUAUGGCUGUCGAGCCGACGAGAGUUGUAAUGACCACUGUCCGCCAUUAUUCAAUCACCAGACGGGAGGUUGUGAUACAAUGAUGGUGGUCGGGAAUCCAAAGGCUUAUAAACAGUACGUAAACGGGUUCGGCUGGAUGGAGCGGCCAUGUGCUCCUGGUACCCAUUACGACGCAAUGAUUUGUGGUUGCAAGAUGUAUGAUAGUAUUGUCCCCGGAAAAGAAUGCAAACCAGUCGUAAAUAUACCGUUUGAUGGAGACGUCAAGAACCAUGCUAAUGGUAACAUACACGUGGAGAGCGACAAUGUUGAGGUGGCUGUCAACAACUAUGGGUAUUUUAACGGUAGCUCCAAACUCUACAUCCCCUACUUCGCCAAUAUGGAGUUCUACACAGAUUUUGUCAUUAUAAUGAAAUUCCUUCCUGUCAAGCCAGGUGUCCAGGCUUUGCUUAGCAACAGUGAUUGUUGUAGUGACGGCGCCACCAUAAACAUCCUCAAGACGUCGAAAAAUAUCUAUUUCCGGGCAAGAGCUGACGCCAGUGAAUCCGCCUCCUUACGUCUUGGAAUAGUUCAUGGCAACUGGAAUAAGAUCUACUUCAUUCACGACCACUACAGCCUUCAGGCGAGAAGUAACGAGAGAAUGGCGGAGACGGAUGCAUUCGGUCCUAUUAGGACGAGUUCAACGGGUAUACAGAUUGGUUAUAGCAAAGGAUUCGACAGCUUUGUGGGUUUUAUGGAUUAUGUGAAAAUCUACAUGUGCCGCCCGUCCACUGUGUAA